AUGGCUACCACAGCCAAUAUUGGUAUUCAAUAUCAAAAUCGAUUAAUGCAUCUUAUUAAAACUUUGAAUUUCUAUGACACUGACAAUGAAUUGUCUUUAUUUGAACAACUCUUAUCUACACGUGUUUACGUUGUAUCUCUUUUAAUAACUCUCUUCAUUACGAUCUCAUUUGCAAGUAUCAUUCCUCAAACUCGUUUAAUUACUGUAUCUUUACCAUCUCCUAAUAAUUUCGAGAAGUUAGCUGACAGUUACAGAUCUACAAUUAUUUGUCAUUGCUCUCAAGCAACGAUGUAUCAUAAAGAAUUAUUUUCAUUCAAUCCACAAUUUCAUCAAGUUUGUUCGAGUAAUUUAAUUGAUGAAGAAUGGUUUUCCUCUUUGUUCAAUACAUUAACAAACAAUUAUUAUCCAUUAGACUUUCGUCUAAUGGCCUCUGCACAAUUUCAAAUUUUAUCUCUUCUCUGCCGAAUAUCACGUCAAACCAUAUAUGAUGCUCUUAGUGAUUUUUAUACGACAUCAUUUUUUUCUGCACGUGCUCUAACACGCGCUGUUUACAAUGAUUAUAUGAUUACACUUUUCCAACAAUUCAAUACAACAACUCUUACAAAUCAUCGUAUAUACAAUAAUUUUAUAUCUUCUAUUAUUGACGAACAUCGGUUUAUAUCUGCAUUACGCACCAAUUUCUAUACAAGAAGUAUUCCUGAUAGUGACAAAUAUGAAACAUUUCCUGCUAUCUAUCCAAAAAACGUAAAUUUAACACAAUCAUCUUUUAUAUCAAAUGGAAUAUGCCGAUGUGAUCAGACAAGUAGCUGUAUCUAUCCUGCUGGUAUCUAUAAUCAGUCAAAAGUCAUUAUUCCUAAUGAAGUAUUUAUACAUGAUGCAUCACUUCAAUUUGUUGUGCCAGGAUUUCAAGUAGGAUGUGUACCUCAAAAUGCUUUGCUUCAAUCGACAUUAGAAUGUUUUUAUAAUCAAUCAUGUUUGGAUAUAGUCAUUAAAUUAACUGGUGCUCUUCCUACUGUCCGUGCAUUGAACAUGUCAAAUUUUUCUCGAUUUGAUCCAACAACUACUCUCAGUAUUAUUUUUGAUCAAUUAAUGCUCGAAUCCUGGCAUAAUUCUACGGAUUUUGUUGCCUAUUUUCGGAUUUGUGCGCCCAAAACUUGUACCUAUUCUUAUAAACAACGUUUCUAUAUUAUAUAUAUAAUUACAGUUGUGACUAGUCUUGUUGGUGGAUUGAGUAUGCCAGCUUUUAUUUAUAAUUUAAAAUUAAAAAAUGAAUUACUGUUAAUUUUAAUUUAUUUGAAAUUAACAGAAAUGAAAACCUAA